AUAGCGGCAUAAAGCUGGACUAAGGUCAGACUAAGGAUAACAACGUUCGAUCGAGUGGAAGCAUAAUGCAAUCAUUUUUAUCAAAAUGUACCCUGGUGGACAUUUUACAGGGUAUCUGCUAGUCAGGCAAGCUUACUUGCUGUCACUGUUAUUGUUAUUGCUGUUGCCGCAUUCAAGUGGCAUUUUGUGUCCGUCUUUAACUGCAACUGCAACUGCAACUGCAACUGCGACUGCUGUAACUGAUUUAAGAUGCGGCUCGCGUUGCCUUUUCCAAACAGAGGGCCGCAACGGCAUUUCAAGAGCCAACAAUAUGUCUGAGGCCGGAGCAAAUGGCAGCAGCGAGGCACCCGCCGCAGAGCUGGCGCAGCUGGCGCUGGAGGAGACCGCACCGAAGGUCAGCUUUUCGGAUCAGUUCAAGGCGUUCUCCAAGUUCGGCGAUACCAAGUCCGAUGGCAAGCUGAUAACGCUAUCGCAGAGCGACAAAUGGAUGAAGCAGGCGAAGGUCUUUGACAAGCAGAUCACCACCACCGACACGGGCAUCCACUUUAAGAAAUUCAAGGCCAUGAAAAUCACGCUGGCCGACUACAACAAGUUCCUCGAGGAUUUGGCCAAAACGAAAAAGGUGGAACUGGCGCAGAUCAAGCAAAAAAUGGCCGGCUGCGGUGCACCCGGCGUGCUUUCCGUUUCGGCGGGCAAAGCCGCCGCCGCUGUGGACAGGCUGACGGAUCCGAGCAAGUAUACGGGCUCGCAUAAGGAGCGCUUCGAUGCCACCGGCAAGGGCAAGGGCAUUGCCGGACGCCGAAAUCUGGUCGAUGAUUCCGGCUAUGUCAGCGGCUAUCAGCACAAGGACACCUACGAUGGCGCCCGUUAAUAUCCUUAGCCUAACCACAUUCACACAAACACACACAAUUUUCCUGAUCUUUGGCUAAUUUAUUACCCGUUUCUAAUGGUAGCACCAGUUAAUUUUGUAUUUCCUUCAUUUUCCCUUCCUUAUUACAUAUAAGUUGUGAUUAAGUGCUUAAAAAUAAAUUUAUAUUAUUUUAAA